GCCUCAGCACGGUAAGGGCGAGGGUGGCGCGCCCGUCGUGCUCGCCUCGCUGCUCGACCCAAAACAUUCGGUGAGGGCCGCCAACCCUCUGCACUUCAUUCAUAACACAACGCCGCAAUCCAAACUGAAAAACGACACGCUCUCCGAUACACUCCUAACUGAAGGGAGGCAAGAAAAGAUCGCGAGGCGGGAAUAAAUCCGGUUCAUAUCGCGUGUGAUAAAGUUAUCUCCUUUCACAGGAUGGGAGGGAUCCUGUGGCGAGACAGACAGUGUGAGGCACCAGCAGGUGGCGGGCACACGUUAGCACACCCUCACCAGCACCACGGCUGCAAUUCACCGCGGCGGCAAGCUAGAUGCGCCCAAUUCGCGUUGAGUUAGCAAGUGGUGUGCCUUCAUUCAUUCAUAAGAGGUGUGCGGGGGCGAGGCGGCCGGGUUGGCACGCCUGGCCAGUGCUAUCAAGAUGGCUACUAGUGGCAAGACGCGCAACGGGCAGCCCAAGAACAUUACCUCCUUUAUCUCACGGUUGCACGGUGCCUUUACAGAAGCUAUGGCUCCACCCAAACUCGUGAUAGAGAGACGAACUUUAGAGAAGACGUGGAAGCUAAUGGACAAAGUGGUUAAGCAGUGUCAGCAAUCCAAAAUGAAUCUGAAAAACUCGCCUCCUUUUAUCCUGGACAUUUUGCCAGACACUUACCAGCAUCUGAGGCUCAUCUACAACAAAUACGAGAACAACCUUGCCGCUCUCAACAGUAACGAGUACUUUAAGGUUUUUGUAGAGAACAUGAUGAGGAAGUGCAAGCAGGCGUCGCGGCUCUUCAAGGAGGGUAAGGAGCUCAUGUUUGACGAGAGCUCCCACUACCGCCGCAACCUGACCAAGCUCUCCCUGGUGUUCUCCCACAUGCUGUCGGAGCUCAAGGCCACCUUCCCUCAGGGCUCCUUCGCCGGGGACCAGUUCCGCAUCACCAAGGGCGAUGCGGCAGACUUCUGGAAAAAGUGCUUCGGGGAGAAAACGGUGGUGCCUUGGAGAUACUUCCGAGACACCUUGAGUGAGGUGCACCCCAUCGGCCCAGGGUUGGAGGCUAUGGCACUCAAGUCCACCAUAGACCUCACCUGUAACGACUACAUCUCCAACUUUGAGUUUGAUGUAUUCACCAGAUUAUUCCAGCCUUGGCCAACGUUGCUGAGAAACUGGCAGAUCCUUGCUGUCACCCACCCGGGCUAUGUGGCGUUUCUCACGUAUGAUGAGGUCAAGGCAAGGUUACAAAAAUACAUCAACAAGCCAGGAAGCUACGUGUUCCGGUUGUCGUGUACGCGGCUGGGUCAGUGGGCCAUCGGCUACGUGACCAGCGACGGCAGCAUCCUACAGACCAUUCCUCAGAACAAAUCCCUCUGUCAGGCACUCCUCGACGGCCACAGAGAAGGAUUUUAUUUAUACCCAGAUGGGAGAAACCUCAAUCCAGACCUCACCUGGGUAGCACAAGCCACACCAGAGGACCACAUUAAGGUAACCCAGGAGCAGUAUGAGCUUUACUGUGAAAUGGGAUCCACAUUCCAGCUGUGCAAAAUCUGUGCCGAAAACGACAAGGACAUCAGAAUAGAACCGUGCGGACAUCUGCUGUGCACGCCUUGCCUAACCCUGUGGCAGGACUCGGAGGGCCAGGGGUGUCCCUUCUGCCGGGCCGAGAUCCGGGGCACCGAGACCAUCGUGGUGGACCCCUUUGACCCCCACAAGCAGCACCGCACACAGUCCCUCUCCAGCGGCCAGUUGAUCGAUAUGGAGGAGGAGGAUGAGGCCUUGGUCAGCCAGGAGCCUGGGAACAUGGAGAAGAAACCUCGCGAUUCCGGAAGCAUCGAUGACCCUGGCGAGCCGCCGCUAACCGUCGCCUCCGCCCUGCCCCCAGAGCGCACCGGCAAGGCCAUAGCCCCGUCACCGUACGAAUUUCAUUUCGAUGAGAACGAGUCGGCCAGUGAUUCUCCGCCGCCGCUUCCUUGCAGAGAGAAAAAAAACAAGCAUCCUCAGAAGGCGCCCGACCUCCCGAUUCUUCCGCCAACAAACAAGACCGCCCCCGCCGCUCUGAAGAGCCCUGAGGACGAGGCCCCGCCCGUGCCGCGUCGCCCCAACAAGCUAUUGGUUCAGUCUAUCGCCAGCAGCGCCCCUCCCUUGCCCGGCAGAUCGAACUCGGAAGAAUUAAUUAGCGCCCAGCCACAGCGACCCUUCGUCAAGACGCCGUCUUCACCCAUGCUGCGGGUGGGUGGAGUGAUGCACAGAGUGGAUUGUCCCUCCUGGUGGGAGGCGAUGCGCACCAAGGACAUUCAGCGACCCUUGAGUGACUCCCUUCGCUCCUCCUCCCUGGGCGAAGGUCUGGUGGAGACAAAGAGUGAGCCACUGGCCUGUACCUGCGGCGUCUUGAGGCCCCUGAGAGCUCAGAAGCAGUCCAAGGAGAAACGCUCCUCAGGCGGAGAAUAUGUGUGGGUGAAGCCGCAAUCUUACCCUGACCACGAUGAGCCGCGGCGCAUUCCACUCUACUCGUGGCAUUCAGACACCGCUGCUGAACGUAUGCGACUGCGACACUCGUCUGAUGGGAUCCAGCCGUCGCAGCUGUGCACGGGAAACAAGACGCCUCGCACUAAGGUAUACGAAUACAUUAUUCCAGUGGAUUCCCCGGUGAGCUCCCCACCCACACCGCCAGAGAGAUACGACAGUCUCUUCCUCGACCCGGAGCACAGCCACAGCACCAGCUCGCUUCCCUCCAGUGUCAACUCUCUGGAGUCUCCUGACGACCCGCGGGACAACGGCGCCGUGCCCAAGGCCGCAGGCGCGGGGCACCAGCCGCCAGCAUCCAGACGGAGGACUUUGCAUAAUAAAGAUCUCCUUGGAAAGGCUGAAGCCUUUGAUCACAGUGAGGGGCAGGCGAGUGUGGGUCACCCACACGAGCCAGUGCGGGGCGGGGCGGAGGAGGCAGAGGAGAAGGAGAAGGAAGAAGGUGGUGCUACCGGUGGCGGCUCCACGCGUGACGUCACAGCACUUGGCGAUAACCUGGAGUCCCUAUACGAUGUGCCCCGCGGCGUGCCUGAGGCCAUCUAUGACGUGCCCCGUUCCUCCUGCCCCCGCACCCGUGAUGCAGCCGCCGGUGACCAUGCCCCUGAGGCUAUUUACAGCAUCCCACGCCCUUCCCCCAAGCCGAAUUCAGGCGUGAGCUCGCGCCUUCCCGACGAGGAGCAGGACGAGGGCGUGGCCGCGAAUCUCCGAGGAACUGCCAAGGAGGCUCAGGAGUCCAGGAAGCCUCCGGGGCACUGCGACAUAGAGGGCUCCAGAAGUCCCCUCAUGUCCCCCGGCGCGUCCCCCAGGGUGUGUCGGAGAGAUGACGUCAUUCCCCCACCCCCUGUGCCCCCCCGGAAGGCAAGCCCCGCCCCCAGCCCCCCUUCCACCCCCGCCCCGGCAAACAGGUUAGAGGUGGGAGAGGUGGAGGAAGAUGAGGACAUGCCCCUAGCGCCGCCCCGUACGGCAACCUCCACGCCCACCAUCAUCACCACGCCCACUACGCCGCCCCGCACCGUCACUAUCGUCACCCUCGACCCCAACAACCUGUCCAUUGAGACCACUUCGUCAGGCUCCGGCAAGGACGCGGGGCGGAAGGGCGGCUCCUCCUCUCCAAUACGGGCGCGGCCGGGCUUCGUGCCGCAUAUUGUGCCUCGGAUCAGCAAGUUGAUGCGCACCUCGGGAUCCAACCCCUCUCUCUCCUCCUCCUCCUCCUCCUCCCCCACCUCCACCCCGGCCACCACCCCGACGCCGGCGCCCGUUCCCACCCCCGCCACCACGCCCACCCCGUCAGCGCCGCCCUUCCCCUCGCAGUAUCUGGGAAGCGGGUCCUCGUCACCGUCCUUUGUUCCCGUGACGCUCCCCACCAGCCCCAACCCCUCCGCCAGGCUCCAGCAGCAGCAGCAGCAGCAGCAGCAGCAGCCCGGCUCGCCCCUGGGAGGGCCGCCCCACCACCACGGCGCCGUCCCCGCCCGUGGCCCGUGUCCUCGCCCGUCACGGUCAUCACCUACACCCCCAUCAUGCCCCAGGAGGACUCACCGGAGGUCCCCACCACCACCACCACGACCACCACCACCACCACCACCACCGCCACCACCACCAUGCCCGUCACGCCGCGGCCACGCACCAUCCUGCCCCCCCCAGGCCUCCCUCAUGCCCCCAACACCCUCCACCAGCCCCUCCCCGUCCUCGCCCUCCUCCAUCACCUCCUCCACCUCGUCCUCGUCCUCGUGCUCCACCUCCACCUCGAGCGGGGACGUGGACCGGCGGCCGAGCGGCACGAGCCACGCGGGGGAGCUGGAGGACAUCCACGAGGAGCCGCCCUACGAGAACACCACGCUGCCGCCCCCCGCAGACCCCCCAGCGUGUAAUACAACGGCGAAGAAAUCAGCCACCGACUCUGAUCUCCCCAACUUUCCCGUCCCGACAGCCCCGAUGCUCGCCAACAUGACCAGGUCCCUCUCGGCCGACAGGAGCAUGAACGCGUCGGAGGGCGGCGAGAACGAGGACGCGCACACGGCUUACGAGAACCUGCACAUGGACUACCUGGCCACGCUGACACACGAGGGGUUCACGCAGGAGGAGGUGAUCCGCGCGCUCGUCAUCACCCACAACAACAUCACUAUGGCCAGGGAUAUCCUCAGGGAGUUCUCAUCCAAAAGGAGUUAAGGGCGGCGAGGAGAGCGAGACACCUGUUGGCAACCCUCGCAUCUCAAACCACAGACUCCUACUUCGUCUCCUCCAGCAAAAGCGUGUUGGAAGAAGUGCUGGGCAGACAUCCCUUGCCAAUCGUGUUCUCUCCCCACGCCUGCUCGCCCCGUCGCCCCUCCCCCUCUCCCUCUCUCUCUCCCAGGACUCGGCGGCAGGCUCAGGGGCGCGGCGGGGUUGGUGUCUGUCUGUGGGAAUCACCGUCGUGUGUUCUUAUGUUGUACAUAGUUGAGUGGUAGGGCGUUUACUGCAGGGCCGCACUCCGCUCCGCCCGCCGCCGCCCCCGUGGUGGCGG